CUUUGGACUAUAGAGAGAGGAAAGGGGCCGUGCUAGACAGGUUAGUGCAUCUCUUCAAUUUUACAGAGAACUUGGAGGUGAACGGAAUCACUGUGUGGCUGAAGGCAGAGCUCGCUGUGUCAGCCGGGACAAGGCCCCGUUCGGCUCCGAGCCCAGCCCCGUGGGCCUGCCAGCACCAGGAUGGUUUCCUUCCUCCUCUGCCUUCUCCCUGCUCUCCUAGCUACAACGAGUGCACAAAUUAGCCCACCUGCGACCCUGACGUGUAAGACGUGCUUUGGUGAAACAAAGGAAUGCAGUUUUGUUCCAGGGACCUGCCAAGACAACAAGGCUACUGGUGGCUGCCUCUCUGUGGCAGAAGUUGUUAAACUGGAUGGGACCCAGUACACGUUCUUCUACAAAGAGUGUCUAAAUACCUAUAAAAGUGACAUAGAAGUCCCCAUCUCGUUCACUGUUGGGAAUGGCCAGUAUGUGAGGAUCAACACCACACGAUGCAGCAACGCAGAUAACUGUAACUCGGGCACACUGGAAGUGCCCACGGGGAGCACCACCAAGAACGGGCUGCAGUGCCCCACCUGCUUUGCUCUGAACUUCACUGUCUGCAACAGCUCCAUCACCCCUUGUACCGGGGACCAGACCUACUGCCUGGAUUUCACUGGGUUUCUAAAGAAAGGUCCAUCUUCUUCGCCAUUUCAAGCGAAAGGCUGCGCUACUGAGUCUGUGAAUGACAUUAAAUCCGGAGACAGCCUGAAUUCUGCAGUCUACGGGUUCGUGUUCACAGAGGCGACCUCCAAACCUGCAGAGAAAACACCCACCCCCCAGAAAACAACCACCACCACCAAAACAACCACCACCACCAAAACAACCACCACCACCAAAGCAACCCCUGCCACCAAAACAACCCCGGCCACCACCAGCGGAGCCAGCCCAGCUCUGGGGAAAUUCUCCUUUGCCCUCUACCUGCCUGGCCUGACUGGGCUGCUGCUGGUGAAGCUGCUCUCCUGACCCCCUGCCCUGCAUGGGCCAUGCAGCACCUGGUGCCUGCACACGGGAGCCCAAUCUAUGAGUCCUAUGUUAAUUCUAUUGAUUACUUACGAAGCCCCAGCGAUCACUGGGAGGUCUGACAGGUUCUGGUCCCUAGAUCCGUCCCAGCUUUAUUAAAAUUGCCGUUCAGCUGGGAACCCCGAUGGGGCCGGUCGCAGCCCUCGCACUGGAGGAACCUUCUGUUUCUAAUUGUUGAUCAACACCCGGUAGCAGCAUCCCACAUGCUUCAGCCCGGCCCGGGGACAGCGAUCCCGCAGAAUGUCCGUCUGCCCAUCCCCGCCCACCGCCCCUUGCGGAACAACCGGAAUCGUUAGCCAUUGUGUUCCUCCUCACCAUCACCUUCCUCAGCGUCCUCCAUGUCCCCCAAACGCUACAUCCCGCUUGCCCCCUGCCCACAGGCUGGGGUAACACUUUUAACGCCACUGUGCCUAACGCCUAUUCCGUAGGGGGUUCUCCCCUCCUCCUUAUCUGUCUCUCCUCACCCUGCUGAUGUCAGGGUCCCUUCUCCUGUAGGUUAGGAUGUUACUGAUUUCAACUUAUUAUCACACAUGUCAAUUCCUUGCCAUGGCCAGCCUGUGGUCAGACAUCUGCAGAUGUUCCCAUCCUACAGCAUCCCAAAGCCGGCGUUAGCUCACGUCCCUGUGGCUGGCUGGUGUCGUUAUGGACAAACCUCCCCUUUAAAAACUCUGUUCCCAAUCCCCCCAAAUUUAGGGACGACCAUUGGGCCAUUUAUCUGUGCCAAAGUUCAUAGGCCCCAAGCCUUACGUUAUGUUCCGGUUACCCAUUGCUGAGCCGCAUAAGAAUUUGCUUGCCUUUCUGUGUAUGUGUGUGUGUAAAUAUAUAUAAUCUGUAUUAAAAAUCUACAUUCCAAGAA